UUGAAUUAUUAGUAAUUUAAAAAUCAUGUACUCUUAGACUCACAUUAAAUUUUUGCAGGACAUAAUAAUAUCCCAAGCAAUCAAGUGCAUUAACAUAAACAUCAUUUAGUGAUCUAAUUAGGAAUUAGAAACCGAUGGCUCUUGGUUGCCAACCAUGUCUAUCUCUCGUCUUUUGGCUAUUUUCUCUUGUACUUUGUUUUUUUGUUUUAAGCUUGAUCCGAGAAAAAGAUUCCCUACUCAUUCCAGACCUUGUACGAUUGAAGAGCUAGAACUUGAUUAAACGAGGGGCCGAUCUCUCAAAGCAUGAUUGCCACUGGAUUAAGAGCUUCAUUAUCAAUUAUCACUUUGGACUUCACCCGCCGCUUCCACGCGGCCGUUGCCGCCUCCAACCCACCCUCCGUCUUGAACCCAACCAAGCGUCGCCGGACUACCAAGCGUCGCCGGACUACCAAGCGCGGCAAGAACCCGCCUCCUCUGGCGUUCGACCCCGAGGUUGUGCGAUGGAACAAGGCCAUCACCGCCCACAUGCGCCACGGCCGAAUGGCCGCCGCCGCCGCCAUCUUCCGCUUCAUGCCCCGAUGCAACACUGUCUCAUGGAACGCCAUGCUCUCCGGAUACCUCUCCAACGGCUGCUUCUCCCUCGCCCUCCGCCUGUUCGACGCCAUUCCCGACCCGGGUCUUGUGUCCUUCAACACUAUGAUCCACGGCUAUGUCCUCAACCGCGACCUUGCCUCCGCCCGCCGCCUCUUCGACCAAAUGCCCGUGAAGGACACCGUCACUUGGAACACCAUGAUCUCCGCUUACGCCCAGAGCGGGCUCGUCGAGGAGGCUCGCGAGAUCUUCGACCGCACGCCCCACAAGAAUGCCAUCUCUUGGAACGGCAUCCUUGCUGCCUACGUGCAGAACGGACGCCUGGAGUUGGCGCGGCGGCUCUUUGACUCGAAUUCUGACUGGGAGACCGUAUCUUGGAAUGCGAUGAUCGCUGGUUAUGUGCAAAGGAGGAGUCUUGCCGAAGCCCUGCAGCUCUUUGAUCGGAUGCCGGAGAGGGACAUCGUUUCGUGGAACACCUUAAUCUCGGGUUAUGCCCAGAAUGGGGAUAUGUCUGUAGCAACGAGGCUUUUUGACGAAUCUCCUUCUCGGGAUGUCUUCACUUGGACUGCCAUGGUUUCUGGGUAUGCACAGAAUGGGAUGCUGGAAGACGCAAGGAGGGUGUUUGACGAGAUGCCAGAUAGGAACUCAAUUUCAUGGAAUGCCAUGAUUGCAGCAUACGUGCAGUGCCAGAAGAUGGAUCAGGCAAAGGAGCUGUUCGAUGUGAUGCCUUGUAGGAAUGUCAACUCUUGGAACUCGAUGAUUACUGGGUAUGCUCAGGCUGGGAUGGUCGAACGGGCAAGGUGGAUCUUUGAUACAAUGCCACAAAGGGAUUCAGUCUCAUGGGCUGCCAUGAUUGCUGGUUAUUCUCACGAGGGGUCCAGUGAGGAAGCUCUGCAGCUGUUCAUAGAGAUGGGUAGGUAUGGUGAGAGAAUAAAUAGGUCGUCAUUUACAUGUGUGUUGAGCACAUGUGCUGACAUUUCGAUGUUGGAGUGUGGCAAACAAGUGCAUGGGAGGCUUGUUAAGGCUGGAUAUCGAAUGGGCUGCUUUGUUGGAAAUGCCCUCCUUGCAAUGUAUUGCAAAUGUGGGAGCAUAGAUGAGGCCUACGAGGCAUUUGAGGAGAUGACAGAGAAGGAUGUGGUUUCAUGGAACACUAUGAUUGCUGGUUAUGCUCGACAUGGGUAUGGAAAGGAGGCAUUAAAAGUCUUCAAUUUGAUGAGAAUGACAGAUACAAGACCAGAUGAUGUGACCAUGGUCGGAGUCUUAUCUGCAUGUAGUCAUGCUGGAUUGGUGGAUAAAGGCAUCGAUUACUUUUAUACUAUGCAUAGAGAUUUUGGUGUAACAGCAAAGGCAGAACACUAUACUUGCAUGAUAGAUCUUCUUGGCAGAGCUGGACGUCUAGAUGAUGCUCAGGCUCUUAUGAAGGACAUGCCAUUUGAACCAGAUGCAACUAUGUGGGGUGCAUUAUUGGGUGCAAGCAGGAUUCAUAGGAACACUGAACUGGGAGAGAAGGCAGCAAAAAGGAUCUUUGAGAUGGAACCUGAUAAUGCUGGAAUGUACGUACUUCUUUCAAAUAUAUAUGCAACAUCUGGUAAAUGGGCUAAUGUCAAUAAGAUGAGAGUGAUGAUGCGGGAAAGGGGUGUCAAAAAGGUACCUGGUUUUAGUUGGAUUGAGGCAAACAAUAAAGUGCAUACAUUUUCUGUUGGGGACAUGCUGCACCCUGAGAAGGAUAAGAUAUAUGCUUUUCUUGAGGAAUUGAAUCUGAAAAUGAAAAAGGAAGGCUAUGUUUCAGCUACAGAAAUGGUUUUGCAUGACGUGGAAGAGGAAGAGAAAGAACACAUGCUCAAAUAUCAUAGUGAAAAGCUAGCAGUUGCAUUUGGUAUUUUAAAUGUGCCAUCCGGAAGGCCAAUUCGAGUAAUCAAGAACCUUAGAGUAUGUGAAGACUGUCACAAUGCUGUUAAGUUCAUAUCUGUGAUCGAGAAUAGAUUGAUCAUUUUGCGAGAUUCUAACCGUUUUCACCAUUUUAGUGGUGGCUCAUGUUCAUGUGGGGAUUACUGGUGACAUGUAUAAGGUGUUUCAAUGAAGACUAGAGUAUUUUUGCUGGUGUUUCAACAUAUAAGGUGUUUCAAGAGAAAACUGUAAGAAAGUUCCUGGCUGUACAUGAAAACUAGAAAAUUUUCACUGGCAGGUGUUUCAAUAAGCUGGAAAGACGAGUUUAACAUGGACAAGUUGUUUGAAAAGGAAGGCUAAAUUGCAGCAUGUAUAAGGGGAAUAACCAGGUUUGUUACAAAUUUAUGUGCCCAUAAAUUAUGGAUACAGUGCCUUUUCUUUUCAACAGUAAUGGCUGUACUUUCUUCUAUCGGUGGAGUAUGAUUGCUCAUACACUGAACCAACAGAACUGAGCAGCUAUUAUGUGAUCAUCAAUCUUGAUAUCCCAGCCGAAAGGAUACCUGUCAACAGAAAAAAGUUCAACAUCAACCUGUUACCAAUUUUGAAGAUCAAAGAUAGAUGAAAUGAUCCAGAAGGAUCCUCGCACGCGAACGCCAUCCAGUAUAUGCACGACAACUGAAGGCAACAUAUUAUAUUAUACUUAGAGCUGCCCAUCACACUUAAAUGGGAUUUCAACUACAGUUUGGUAGAUCCAAGAAAAAGAGAACGGUGAGUUGAAUGCAUAGAACUUCUAAAGCCACACUUCAUAGAGAUCCAUCAGUGUAAUAGUAUUGUUGAAUAAUCAUCAAUACAAGAAAUCAAUGUGGAAGGAUACCAGCAAGUAGGUAGUUCUUCUUUCUUCUAGAUUUGGAAUCCAAUCCAGUGAAACAUGUAAAAUUUAUAUGCAAUCUUGUGAUACAGAAUACAUCAUCUUGGAUA